UUUUUUAAAAGAAAUAACCAAUUGCGAAAAAUUCCCAUUGAUUUUGUUAUAUCAAAAUGGUGUUUAUUUGACAUAGAAACCGUUCUGUACAAAUAGUCACUAGUCGUUCGUAGUGGAUGGAAGUUAAAAUUUUAUUCACAAUAACAUGCCUUUGAGCAAAUCCAGAUUGAUAGCACAUUCCAAUCACCCUUCAUUUCCUCAAGUUAGCAACCAAAUAGAACACAAAAGAAUAGUUGAUGGGUCCUUUCCUUCAACAAGGAACCGUAGCCCAAGUUGGGGUAGCUUUUCGUCUCAAAGUAUGGAGAGUAUCUCAGGGAAAACUACAAAAUCUGUGAAAACUUCUGAAGGAAAUAUUAAACAAGGAUUCUGCAAAAUAAUUUUUAGAACUUUGCUACUUGUUCUCCUCUAUUAUUUUUCAUCCAUUGGACUCACCUUCUACCAAAAAUGGCUUAUGAGGAAACUUCAUUAUCCAUUAUCAAUUGUGAUAAUUCAUUUAGUUGUAAAAUUUAUGAUGGCUGCAAGUUGUCGUAUUGUGUGGGAACAUUGGACACAUUGCAAAAGACCUGUCUUAGCUUGGCAGUCGUAUACAAUUCAGCUUGCCCCGGCUGGAAUAGCUUCUGCCCUUGAUAUCGGACUUUCCAAUUGGAGUCUCGAAUUUAUCACUGUAUCUUUGUACACAAUGUCAAAAUCUACUGCCAUUAUAUUCAUUAUGGGAUUUGCUUUGUUUUUUAAAUUAGAAAAAAAGCAUUGGACUCUUCUUGUGGUUGUUGUAAUGAUAUCAGGUGGUUUAGUCAUGUUUACAUAUCAGGCCACCCAGUUUAAUUUAGGAGGAUUUUUGAUGGUUAUGUUUGCAUCAUUCCUAAGUGGGUUGAGAUGGACGUUAUCGCAAAUGGUGAUGCAAAAAUCAGAAAUGGGACUUGCAAAUCCUAUUGAUAUGAUGUACCAUAUACAGCCAUGGAUGAUAGUCACUUUGCUGCCAUUUGCAAUGGCGUUUGAAGGUUUGAGUUUAGCUAUGACCAAGGAUGUCUUCCGUUUCAUUGACACAUACCACUUAUUCAUAGUUCUUGGAAAAGUUCUAGUGGGGGCAGUUAUUGCCUUUUUUAUGGAACUUACCGAAUACUUGUUAGUGUCUUAUACUUCAAGUUUGACGCUUUCUGUGUCCGGUAUCGUCAAGGAGGUGCUGACGCUAACCCUUGCCGUUCUAGUAACCCACGACGAAAUGAACUCAAUCAACGUUGUCGGCCUAGUUAUUUGCCUUCUUGGAAUAACACUUCAUGUAACGCUGAAGGCUGUAAGGAUUCAUUAUGAGUCGAAAGCGUCAUCCCUGGCAUCUCUGAAAAUUAAACACACUGAUGAAGAAGAACUUCUAAUGAACUUGAUCAUCUCAGACAACGAAGAAGUUGCACCGUGAUUCAAGAACCGAGUUUCGGAAAAAGCAUGUGACUUACCCUAGGAUUUUGAUCAAGGUCGAGUAUGCUUUUGUUGUGGUCUCGUUGAUUCGAAACAUCGUGGAACGUUGUGUGUUCAAAGCCUUCAAAAUAGAGCGUCACAUUGUGUCUGGAUAAUAUUUUUUUGUAGUGUUGCAUUCAGCUCAUGUAAAUGAAAUUAUCUUUUUGUUCACAAACAUGAACGGCUAUAUAAUAUUCCAGAGAAAAAAAAAUAUUUAUUGUAAUACAAUACAUGGGUUGCGCAUGGCGCGUAAAGUUU